AUGGAAAGCGGUAAAGAAGAUCCGAAACUGCGGAAUCCGGAAUCGAAUGUUAACGCGAUUUCGAAACUGUUUUUCGUCUGGACGGUGGGGUUUUUUAAAAAAUUCUUGAGGGACCCCGAGCUCUACUCGGAGCUGCCGGCUCUGGAUGAAGACGAGGCUGGCAUUUUGGGCGGAAAACUGGAGUACUUGUGGAGGAUUGAAAGGAAACCGGUGUUGUGGAAAGUCGUAAUGAAGAUGUUCGGUUACAAAAAGAGGCUGAUGGAAUUGGUUCUGUUGAUAACCUACGCGUUUAUGAGACCUGGCUUGUGCAUUCUCUUGGCUGUUUUGAUACGAACGUUUAGAGAAGAAUUCGAUAGUUCCCAAAGAUAUCUUUUUGGUUCAACAUACAUCGUGGUUACAGCACUGAUGUUUGCUAUAGAGCAUUUUGCGCAACUCCAGUUGCACAAAAUCGCUCUAAGAAUUAGAGCGGCGCUUUCGUCUUUGAUUUACAGAAAAGUUGUGAAAAUAAAUUCGAAAUGUUUGGAAGGAAAUUCUAAAACUAUUACCCAGUUGCUGGUUGAAGAUUUUAACUGCAUCGAAAAUAUAGUAAAUUCAGAAGCUAUGUGUUUAAUUGUAUCAAUACAGUUUAUAAACACUGUAAUAGCUAUGUGGGUAGUAAUAGGUUUUCCUUCGUUAACGGGCCUGCUAUUUACUGUAACGAUAGUCUUUCCUUUGAUUAUUAUUUACAAUCAAAUCCAGGUAUUUUACGAUCUGAAAGUGAACCAUUCGAAACACUCGAGAAUCCAGUACUUCAAAGGCAUCAUGGAGGGAAUAAAAACCAUUAAAAUGAAUAACUGGGAAGCGGCUUUCGUGAAAAUUCUAAAUAUAACUCACCAAACGGAAUUACAAGCGAUCAGAAAAUACCUCACCUAUCAAUUAUCGACAUUGUACGGGUUUUUAGUGUACAAAUGUUCGAUAUUCAUAUCGAUGGUGUCCAUCUAUUUGCAUUACAAGUCCCUGCAACCCGAGCAGGUCUACCCCUGCGCGCAGUUUCUUUUCAUAAUGCUAAUUGGCUUCCUCUACUGGAUACCGAAGAAGUUGAAAACAUGCGCGGAAUCGACAGAAUUAUUUUCCACGGCGACGAAAUUACUGCAAAAAACCGAAAUCGGCGACAGCGAAGAUGCGAGAAACGAAAAACCCGGAAUCCACGUACAGAAACUUUGCUACCGUUGGUCGGAUAAAACCGAUUUCGACUUGAGAAUUGACGAUAUUAAAAUCAAAUCGGGUGCUUUAUGCCUCGUUAUAGGCCCGCAGAAAUCCGGCAAGACCUCUCUUCUGCAGCUUUUGCUAAAGGAGCAGACGCCCAGAUGCGGAAAAAUCGAAUUCAAAGGGUCUCUGUCCUAUUGCUCGCAAAGGGCCUGGUUGUACAGAUCGUCGAUUCGCAACAACAUACUCUUCGGUCGGGAUUACAGAGAGGCCAAAUACAAAAACAUAACCGGCACUUGCAAAUUGCUUCCCGAUUUCAGCCGGUUCAUGAACGGGGAUUUGAGCGCAGCGGGUCACGGGGGAAUCGUUUUCGAGGAGGACCUUAAGACGAGGAUUAAUUUGGCGAGAGCUAUCUAUCACGAGGCGGAUAUCUACCUUAUCGAUGACGUUUUUCCUGCCUUGAAUACCGGUGAUGUAUCCGAGCUGUUCGAGAACUGUUUCACCAGAUACUUGGCCAGGAAGACUAGAAUCAUCGUCGCGAAUUAUUUGGAGUUUCUGGAUAAAGCCGAUCAGAUUAUCGUUGUUUAUCAGGGCCGGGCGAAAAUCUUCGACAAUUUGACGGAAAUUAAGAACAGCAAUAUUGAUAUUUACAGUUGGAUGAACGAUGGAAAUGCGGCGAGGAAAAGUCGAUUAUCGAACAACUUCGAUCGGCAAAAAGAUGGAUUGUUGAAUGCUAAUCCGGAGGAUUUUUCGGCGAAAAAAAUUCGUAGCCUCGACAACAUUUUCAUCUGCACUUAUAAAACCGGAUGGUAUUUUUGUUUCAUAUGUUUACUGUUGAUUCUGUCGUUCGUUCUGUUAAAUGGAUGCGAUUUUUGGUUAGCCUAUUGGACUAGCGUUUUUCCCAAAACAGAAAAUUCAACUGAAUUAUCAUCGCUCUUUUCCAAUCCGUUUCGAAGCGUCUUCACCAUCACGCAUCCCCAAGUUUUAUUUUACAACAACAUUACCAUAUAUAUCACUUUAAUAUUAAUUACAAUAGGUGUGAUUAUUAUUACCAACAGUCUAAUAAUUCGCGUUUAUUCAAUUUUGAUUAAGAAGUUGUAUGGAAGAUUCAGCGAUUCCGUAUUAAGAGCUGCUUUAGAAGCAAUUAUCACCGAUUACAGAAGUAAAUUACUUAUUUUUAUGAAAGAUGUAUCGAUAGUUAACUUGGAGUUUCCUAAAAUUUCUAAACUUGCUUUGGAGAUAGUUAUAUUUUCCGCUUGUUGCCUUCUAUUAGUGUACACAACCGAGUACAUACUGAUAUUUUCGUUACCUUUGGUUAUUGUGUAUCUUCUGGUGCAAAAUUUUUAUUUAGAAAUUAACAAAAUUCUGAUAAAUUUAACGGAAACUGCUCGUUUACCAAUUUUGUGGCAUUUAAAAGAUACCCUAGAAGGAGUGGUGACUGUAAGAAUUCACGAGGGACAAGAAAAGUCUGUAAAACAAUUCGAUAAAUUUUUGAACUAUUUUACAUCUCUUCAAAGAUUAAGUCUCUCGUUAAAUUACUCAUUUGUGAUGAUAUCGGAUGCCUUAUGCAGCUCAUUGCUAUUUAUUGUAAUAUUCAGCUUGAUUCUAAUCAACGAUUACGUUCACCGAAUAGAUUCCAAUUUCGCCGGUUUCAUAAUCCUCGAGGUCUAUUUACUAACAGAGAUUCUCCAGUACAGUUCGAAGAAUUUGAGCCGUUUGGCAUUCAUCGCGAUAUCCGUGAAAAAACUGCUGCAAUUCUCCGACGUUCCCGACGAAAAAUCCAGCAGGAGACAACACCACGACAGCGCGGAAUUCCUGUCGGAGCUCUCGGAAAUCGAGAAAGUGCAAUUACCCCCUCAGAGCUGGCCCGAAUGCGGCCAAAUCGAAUUCAAAAAUGUAUCCAUGAUGUACUUUAACGCGAUUCGUGCCCUGGAUGAUGUUAAUUUCACGGUGAAAUGUUGCGAGAAGAUUGGAGUCGUUGGGAGAGCUGGCUCAGGAAAGUCAUCUCUAGUAACAGCUUUAUUUAAUUUGCGGCAAUUUAAUGGUACGAUUUUAAUCGACAAUUUUAACACUAAACUGAUUGAUAUGGCACAUCUGAGAGGGAGCAUUUCGAUCAUCCAACAACCUGUAAUGUUUUCCAAUUGCUCGGAUUACAAGUUAGAUAUAUUUGGAGAUGUACCGUCUGAGGAAUUGAUGCCGAUUUUGGACGAGAUGAAUUUAAAAGAGCAUGUAAAGCAUCUGGAGUACAACUGGUCCAAACUCAACAAAGGUCAAUUGUUGCUGUUUAAUUUAGCUCUAGCGAUUGUAAAGAAAAACAAAAUCUUAAUAAUCGAUGAAGAAUUUGCGGAUGUAGAUAAAGAUACCGAAGGGCUGUUUUAUAAAUCGGUGAAGAAAUAUUUCUCCGACUGUACAGUUGUUCACAUCACCAGCAAUUUAAACCCGAUUAUAGUGGAAUGCGAUAGAGUGGCGGUGAUGGAAAAGGGCCAAAUCGUCGAAUACGAUCACCCGUUUUCGCUUUUAGAAAGCGAAGGAUCCUUUUACAACUUAGUUUUGGACGCCGGCAAGUCGGUCUAUUCCCACUACAGGCAUCUCGCCUAUCAAAAAUACCUCAACACAUUCAAAUAG